GAAUCACCACCUCAGUCUCAGGCCUGACAUCAGAAAUGAUUGCAAGAUGCCAGAACCAGCCCCCUUCAGGCAGUUGCGGGCAGUGAGCGGCUCGAACAGAUUUUUCCUGCAUUUCCUGCACAGCGUGACUGCAGGUGUGAAAUGUCCGAAGCUAGUGCUGUUGCAAACAAGACCACUGUAUCUAACAGUGAUUACAUCUGGCGCUACGAGUAUUAUGAUGAAGAGCCAGUUUCCUUUGAAGGGCUGAAAGCACACAGGUAUUCCAUUGUGAUUGGAUUUUGGGUAGGCCUGGCAGUGUUUGUCAUUUUCAUGUUUUUCAUUUUGACGCUGCUGACAAAGACAGGAGCACCACAUCAAGAGAAUGUGGACCUUUCUACAAAACAACACAGAACAAACAACUUUGCUAUUAAUUAUAUCAUGUCCAGAUCAGACAAAGCCUUUUCCCAUCCUGAAAAUGAAGAAUCCAGGUCUCUCUUUCAUUGCUAUGUUAAUGAGAUUGUACAGUUGGAAAGGCAACAAUUUGUAAACAAAGCACACGGAGCAGGGAACAGUGACCUUACCACACGAGGAAGAGAGGGGAGAAGUGACAAUUCAGUUGAUCCCAUGAACUGUCUGACUAAGUUCAACAUUCCAAACUUUGUAAGCUCCGAUCAAAGCUCCUCCCUGACAGAAGAUGAUUUACUGAUGUGUGAACAACCAAUCAUUCCUGAAAAUAGGCCAGACAGAUUGCAGGAUAUACAUAACAUUUCUGACUAGAUCUUGCAUGAAUGCAAACUGGGGGCAAGGUCUUUUAUGAUCAAACAUAGCAAACAUCAAUGGUAACCAACCUAAGUUAUUGAAAUAUAAAUGCCUAUUUUGGCUUUUUUUAAAGUAUUGCCUUCAUAUAGGCUUGGGAUGGUGUUUGGCAGACAGCCUGUCACCUUUCCAAAUAUCCCUGAUUAAAUUAGGUAGGAAAGAUCAAAAUUAACCUUCUUGCCCUUUGGGGAAUUGAAGUCCUUCAGUAGGCUACCUGGCUAUCCCUGAAGGGACCACCGGCCUAACCAAGAUCUCCAUGGCUGUUCCUCGUACUGGGUCUCCUGCAGUGCCAUCUGAUUGGCAGCUCUUGAAGGCUGGAUCCUUGUUCUGAAGGCCCUGGGAAUGCUGAUGUCAGUAGGCAAGUUCCCAGGGCUCCCAGAAAAGGUCUCAUGGGGAUUACCAAUGGCACCAUGUCACACUCAUUAAAUUCAGCCUAUGGUUUCCAAUCAUGUCCUUUCAUUAUACUUUUUGGAAGUGCCUUGCAACUGUCCUAAUAUUCAGUACAAACAAAGACCAUCUCUGGAAUGUCUUUCUCAUCGUAGAAGAAUCAUCAUAGAAUGAUAGCACUUACAGCUGCCUAGGCCUUUUGAUCUGUCCUACCUGUACUGGUAUUGAAAGUUAUGCUUUAAUCACACAUCCCCAGUUUCUUCUUUCAGUCUCUUUGAGCCUCUAAUCAAAGUCACAGAUUAUACUAAGAUUUUUUCUUUAUUUGGAAGGGGAGUGUGUACAUGCCUCCUUUUGUGAGUAUUUGGAAUAAGUAACCAUUUUGAAUGCCUACUGUUCUCUGCUUAUCCUCAGGGCAACUAGGGAUGGGCAAUAAAUGCUGGCCAGCCAGUGAUGCCCAUCACCCAUGAGUGAAUUUUUAAAAAAAUCCAGUUUUUCUGCCUUCCCGCUGCAGUUGUGGAACUGCAAGGAAGUCUUUCUAUUCUACCCAACGUCACAUAAGUUCAGGUUUUCUCUUACCCUCUUCAUUUUCUACAUUAUGAUUUUGGCCACCACUUGGAAAGCAAGAACAUGCAUUUAUGUAGAAUCUUAUCACAACUCUGAGAAGUGUCUCCAGCCAGUUAAUUAUAUUAAUGGAGGUACUUUAAAGUGACCCUUCACAAAAUAAACUGCAUCCCUCUUACACAUCUUGCUUCAUUGUUUAGAAGAUUUCAGUGUGAUAUGUGAAUAGCCUACAGCACCCAAUUGCAGUUUUCUGAAGCACUUUUAAAGUUAGUUGUUUUGGAGUCUCAUGUGAUGUAAUUCAGUAAAUUGUUUAAUAUUAUCUUUAAUUGAUAUUUUUAUUGUUGAGAGGCAUUUAUGUAUUUUUAUUCCCUGGAGAAGGGAAUUUGUAUUUAAACAGAAUG